UGUAAUCAAAGUUUGUAAACACAAUCCCAAUCAAUCGCCGAAAUAUUUGGAUUUGCGGUUUGCGGUGUCAAGUAACAGAAUGGAAGUUUAUCCUUUCUCCGUAGCAAUUGAUUUUCCCCAUGUUUAGUUAUUUUUAUCUUCAUUACUUCACGCGUGCACGGUGAAAUCUAAACUAUGGAUCAAAGCAUUGUUACAACCAGUCUAGAAGCCUUAAUCCAACGAGCAACGAAUCCUCAAAAUCGAACACCAGAUAGAGCUGCCAUUGAGGCUGUGUGUGGUCUAAUCAAUCGUGAACCUGAUUGUUCUGGAACCGCUGCAAAAUUAAUCAUUAGCAAAGUCCAGUCUCUUCAAGAAGCUGAGUCUCUUCAAGCUCUAUCUAUUCUUGAUAUGUGCAUGGAGCAUUGUGGUAACAGUUUUCGUGCUGAAGUUGGAAAAUUCAAAUUUUUAAAUGAAUUAAUCAAAUUAGUCUCGCCAAAAUAUUACGGUUUCAUGACACCAAGCAGCGUACAGGCAGAGGUCUUAAGCAUGUUAGAAAGUUGGGUACACCAUUAUCCAAAAGAAACUAAGAUCAGAGAAGCAUAUGAAAUGUUGAGGAAACAAGGUGUUAUCAAAGAAGAAGCAGUCGCGGUUCAUGAUACUGAUAACAGAAAUGGUCAAAAUUCAUCUCAACAUCAUGUUGAAAUCUGUAAAUCCUCCAUUUUAGAAGACAAUGAAAAAUCUCGAUUGUUGCAGAAACUUCUCCAGAGCAAAAAUCCUGAGGAUUUGCAAGCGGCAAAUAGGCUAAUCAAGACAAUGGUCAAGGAGGAAGAGCGAAGAGUUGAAAUGAACUGCAAGCGAGUUAUUGAGUUAGAAGGAAUGUUCAACAAUGCGAAACUAUUAUCUGAGAUGCUAGAUUCUUAUUCACCUGGUGAGAGCACUGAGCAAGAUCUGGAGUUGAUAAAAGAGCUGCACUCCAAUUGCUUAAAAUUUCGUUCUACGGUCUUUAAACUGGCAGCAGACGUUAAGGACAACAAAGCCUUGUACAAUGAAGUUUUGACAGCCAAUGAUGCUCUGGGUGAUGUUUUUGACAAAUACGCUGUGAAAAUUUUAGGGCGCCCUGUAGGAAGGUAUGCUUCUCAACCGAGCGUGCAUCCUUCGCCCGAGUCUAAUCUGACUUCAAAACUGCAGUCUGAUUCUCAAAUGAAAGCGGCAGAAAUGCAGCAACUGUCGCUGCUUGAUCUCAGUUCACCUGUUGAGGAGAAGAGUCUCUCUGAUACUGCAGCAUUUCUACCAGAGCAAAAGACAGGUGGUAGCCUCAGCAAAGCUGCAGGAGGAACAGCGAAUGAUCUCGAACUUCUCUGUGAUAUUUUUGGAGCAGCAGCUGACUCAAAAGCGCCAGCUCUUCUAGAUAAUGCUGUGAAUUCUGUAUUGUGCAAUAUGGCUGUUACUGAUAACAAGAAAGUCAUGAGCAGCUCCACUGAAAAAGCCUCAAAAUCCAAGGGUCUUGAUGAGUUAGAUAUUUUAGGAGAGACCCUGCUCAGACAAAGUUUGACGGCAAACAGUAAGAUGUCUCCACAGUUUAAUUUAACUGGGUCUAAUGAAGGAACAGAACACCAGCAAUCCUCAACUCAAAAGCCUAAAAUAGAAACCCAUUCAACAAGUCAGGUUUCUAAAACAGUACGCACCUCGAUAGAUAGUUUAGACGUGGAUCUGUUGACUGAUGUGACAAAUCUAGUCGAUGAAAAUGCCAUUGGUAAAGACUAUUUUGUUAAAACUUCUCCAAACUGCCCCAAUGGGGAUGAGAAGGAAACAGUAAGUGCCACAGAAAGUCUGCUUCAAUCAAACACAAAUGAGCCUCUCGACCCAGAAUCAUCAGUUCGACGGAAUUCCAUCCUUCCUGAUGUAAAACCCUUGAGCGAUAUCUCCGUACCCCUUGAGAACAUCAAACCAGGUCCCAGAUCUCCAAUAACGAUUUUGAAUGAAGUGAAUGGGAUUACCGUUGUGAUACAUUUAGCUUUGAAUGCGCCUCGCCCAGAUGUCUCUGUCUUCGUUGUCACCACUACUAGCAAGAAUGAAAAUUCGCUCUCAAACUAUCUUUUCCAACCGGUUGUUCCGAAGGAUUUUAGGUUGAGAUUGCAGCCUGCAAGCAGCUCUGAGCUUCCUGCUUACAGUCCUUUUAUGUCUCCCCCUGUUAUAACCCAGGUGAUGCUCAUCGCAAGUCCACGGAAGGAUCCAAUAGUUUUUCAGUUUGUUUUAUCGUACACAAUGGAUGGAGAAACUAUCACUGAGAUGGGAAAGAUUCAAGACUUUCCCCUUUCGUAAAUUUAUUCUGAAAUCACGAUUGUGAACAAAGUGUAACAUUCUUCUUCAUUCAAGCUUUCAAAUCCAAGAUGUGUGCGAUUUUUGCACAGAAGUAGAUGGUAAGUCGACUUAAGACACGUGCAAUAUCCUUUUAGACACCCAAAUUUUUGUUAAAUUUUGACCAAACUUUAUUUUUACCCCGGUUUUCACCCUGAAAAUCAUGUUUAUGUUGAUGUAUAGUCCUCUUCUAGUGAAUCUCAUAUUUUCAAUUUGAGUUCUGAAUUUGAUCUCUCUCAGCCUAGUAAUUUUGUUACUUCAUGAGUAUUCCUUUUUUUCUUUUUCUUUUCCUUUUUCUAAGAAGAAAAAUAAGAGUGUUGACCUGAGUAUCUUUCUGAUGGUCAUUACUCAUUUUAUGACAGUAUAUCGAAAAUUGUAUGGAUAACUGUUGUUAGCAGCUAUCCAAACCCAUUUGUCUUUCACACCAAGUUAAUUAAAUAACUGAUAUAGAAAUUAUUGGGUCAGAAGGGUACAUAAUUUUUCCUAUGCAGCUUCCUAAUAUUACUUCAAAGUUGGCAUAAAUUUUGCGAAUUAUUGAAAAAAAUACUGCCUUGACGUAUCCGAUGAAAUUAUGUAUCGUUCAGGUACAAAAAAUGUUGCCAAAAAUUGUAAAACUUGUGUUAGUGAAUAUGUGAGGCUUUUUUGCUGAGUCUUCUAAAAAUAUUUACAUACUCUCUCUUCUCUGAUAUUUUGGGGGACUUUGUAAGGAAACUAAAAUUUGAUUGUUCUCUUAAAUGUGUAAAAAAAAAAAAAAAAAAAUCAACCAACAAAUCCAAAAGUAAUGUACCCCUGAUGAAUGGAUUAUCCUUCGAUUAGAAACCACUGAUUCCCAACUCAUUUUAGAAACAGCAUAUAUGCUACUGUUUCCUUAUGCAGAUGGGUUUUUCUAUGGAUGAGUCAGAAUUUGUAGUUCCUGAUUGAAAAAAGCAGUCUAAAUGAAAACAAAAA